AUCCAGCAGGAAAAAAAACACCAAAAGUAAAAUAAAAUAAAAGAGGGAAAUAACUAGAUAAACCCUAGUGGCUACUACUGUGGCCGAACAAAAACCCUAACGUGAGGUAGAGGAAGGUGAUCUGAGUCUGAGCAAGGUGUGCUAUCAAUCAAUAGAGCAAUUGGGAAAAUGGGGGGCAAUGAUAAGAGGAAGCGAAGCGAAAGUGAAGGAGGAGAUGAACAACCGAUAGAGAAGAAGAGGGAGAUUCUGCCGUCGAUGAUAAAGAACAAGGAGAAGAGGUCGGCGAUCCACGCCAAGCUCAAGCAGCAGAAGAAACUCGAGAAGCGCAAGAAGGCCAAAGCUCGCGACGCCGCCGAGAAGCGCGCUCUCGAGCUCGGCGAGGAGCUUCCGGCGAAGAAGAUCCCGAAGACGAUUGAGAACACCAGGGAAUUCGAUGAGACUGUUUGUAAGCCCGACGACGAAGAGCUGUUUGCUGGAAAUGAUGCCGAUGAAUUUAGUUCGAUUUUAAAGCGCGAAAGGACUCCAAAAAUAUUAAUCACUACUUGCCGUUUCCAUUCUUCUAGGGGGCCUGAUUUAAUAAAGGAACUACUUUCAGUGAUCCCAAAUGCACACUACUAUAAAAGAGGAACCUAUGACUUGAAAAAGAUUGUAGAAUUUGCAAAUAAGAAAGACUUCACAUCUAUAAUUGUUGUUCACACCAAUCGCAGGGAACCAGAUGCUUUCGUAAUAAUUGGCUUACCUACUGGACCUACUGCCCAUUUCAAGCUCUCAAAUCUUGUUUUACGCAAGGAUAUCAAGAAUCAUGGAAAUCCAACCAGUCAUGAGCCCGAGCUUGUAUUAAACAAUUUUACAACACGCCUUGGUCAUCGUAUUGGAAGAUCAAUACAGUCACUUUUCCCACAAGAACCAAACUUUCCUGGUCGGCGAGUUGUAACUUUCCACAACCAGCGAGAUUUUAUAUUCUUCCGGCAUCAUCGGUAUAUUUUUGAAGCCAAAGAGACUAAACAGACCGAGUCAAAAGGUAAAAAGACCAAGGAUGCCAAGGGUGAGAGUGAACCUCAAGGGAAAGUGAUUGCCCGUCUUCAGGAGUGUGGCCCUCGUUUCACCCUUAAACUACUCAGUCUGCAGCAUGGGACCUUUGAUACUAAAGGCGGGGAAUAUGAGUGGGUUCACAAGCCGGAAAUGGACACUAGCAGGAAAUGGAGCAGGAGGAGGUUUUUUUUGUGACUUGCUUUGGAAUAUUGCUCGAGUUUAUCAUUGCUGGAUUGCAAUCUCUGUUUAACAGUUGCUACCCCGUGGCCAGUAGUAAAUCAGCCCGGAACAUUUUUUAUAUUUUAAGAUCAAUUUUGUGCUGCUCAAUUCCUAUGAUUUGCGGUAAAUUCUGUAUCAAAUGUUGGAAAAAGAUUAGUAAUUGGUGGAAACUCAUAUUUCUUCUAAUCAUUUUCUCAUUUCUA